CAUUUUCGAAAUUUUUAAACUAAUUUUUUUUCUGAUUUUCUAAAUAAUCUUCCGUCCAAUUUCUGAAUAUCUCCAUCAUCGAUUGUGUGUAUAUAACCCGCGUAAAUAACUUUGCCUUUUGAUCUCGUUGAUUUGUUUCAAAAAAAAAAAAAUUGUCUUCUCCAAAACAACAGAAAAUCAUUCCAUCCGUUUUGUCAAUUUUUUUUAUUGUCCAAAUAUUGAUGCGCAGUUUCUCCAUUGCUUUCCACUGUUUUCAACUUUUUUUUUAAAAAAAUCAAUUCAACGAGCUAAUUCAACAACAAAAUGAAAAUGAUACAUAAAAAUCAUUCACGUUUUACACAACGUUUCAAUACAUAUAAUUGUCAACCAGAUAUUAUACGUGCCAUUAUACGUUGUGAUACGAAAUAUGUACGAAAAUUAUUACAAAUGAAUAAUGGUGAAAUAAAUUCCUGGAUCGAUUAUGAUGGUCGUACACCAUUACAUUUAGCCGCUGCAUUAGGUCGUGAUGAAUCAUUACGUAUAUUAAUCGAUUUUGAUUAUUAUUCAAUAAAUUGUCGUGAUAAUAAUCUGAUUACACCAUUACAUCGGGCAUGUCGUAAUAAUCAUAUUGGUUGUGUACGUUUAUUAUUGGAACAUAAUGCCGAUGUUAAUGCACGUACCCGAACACAUUUAACACCGUUACAUGUUUGUGCACAAAUGGGUUCACUUAGCUGUGCACGUUUAAUUAUCGAUCAUGUUGCUAAUAUUGAUCAAACUGAUUCAUCAUCAGGUGCUACUGCAUUACAUUAUGCUGUUUAUAAUUCAAAUUUAGCCAUAAUACAAUUAUUAUUGGAAAAUGGUGCAAAUAUUGAUGUACAAGAUAAAUAUGGUUUACGACCAAUACAUUAUUCGGCAAUGGUUGAUAAUCCAGCCGUAUUACGUAUAUUAAUCGAACAAGGACAAGCUGAUGUUAAUGUACGUAGUAAAUCAUUACUGACACCAUUACAUAUAGCAAUUGUAGAAAAGAAUUUCGAUAUAUUUAAUUCAUUAUUAAAUUAUGGUGCAGAUAUGAAUGUAAAAGAUUUACAUGGAAAUACUAUUGCACAUUGGUCAGCAUAUAUUGGUUAUUUACCAAUAUUUGAAUUAAUCAUAACAAAUUCAACCGAAAUGAUUAAUCAACCAAAUUUAAAUGGUUGUCAUCCAUUACAUUAUGCUUGUGUUAAUCGUUCGUUUCAUAAUAAUGAUGCAUAUCAUAUUGUAACAAGGAUUAUUUCUUUUUAUAAAAAUGAUCAUAAUGAAGAUACGAAUUCAACAGAAAAAACAUUAUCACCAACACCAGCGAAUAAUUUGGCCAAACAUUUAAAUGUUGUUGAUAAAUUCAAUUGUACACCAUUACAUUAUGUAGCAUGUAAUAAUAUGGAAAUGGUUAUAACAUUAUUAGUUAUGAUGGGUGCUGAUUAUAAUGCUUGUGAUUAUCGUUUGGAAACACCAAUUCAUAAAGCAAUUCAACAGGUUCAAUUGGAUAAAGUAAAAGUAUUAAGAAAACUUUGUGCCAAUAUUAAUAUGCCAAAUAAAGAUGGCCAAACUGCAUUACAUAUGGCUGCAUUUUCAAUGUUAUCAUUGUUUUGUAGAUUUUUAACAACCGUUGAUGAUGAAUAUAAUGGUGAUAAUGAUAAUAAUAAUAAUAUUUGUAAUCCAAUGGCAUUAGAUAAUUCUGGUCGUACUGCACAUUAUAUGACUGCAUAUAGUGGUAGUAUGGAUUGUUUUUAUGAACUUAUUGCUUCAGCAACAUUCAACGACAAAGAUCCAACAACCGAAAAGAUAAUACUAUUUCCACCUGUUGAUGCAUAUAAACGUUCAUUAUUACAUUAUGCUUGUGCAAAUAAUUUUGUUAGUAUUGAAUUUAUACGUACAUUAUUACUUAAAGAUGAAUUAGAUCAAAGAUUUGGUUCAUUACAACCAAAAUUACUUGAACAAUUAAAACAAUCAUUUUCAUCGUUGGAUAUAAAUCAACAAGAUAUUUAUGGCCGUACACCAUUACAUUAUUUAUGUCGACAACCGGAUCGAAAUGAAACAAAUAUAACUGAUAUUAUAAAAUUAUUUAUUGAAUCUGGUGCCAAUAUUGAUAUGAUUGAUAAUGAAAAUUUUUAUCCAUUUCAUUAUGCAAUUAUAAAUGGUUAUUCCAUUUCAUUACAAUAUUUAAUUAAUAUUGAUUGGUUUAAAAAUAUUGAAAUAUAUCAAAAAUUAUUUCAUUCAUCAAUUUGUCCAUUACGUUUAGCUUGUUAUUAUGGUCAUUUAAAUGUAUUGAAUGAAUUACUUAAAUUUGGUUUUAAUGAUUAUGAUCAUGCAUUUGAAAUUGCAAUCAGGCGAUCGAAUUUAGAUUGUGCACAACGUUUAUAUAUAUUAUGUCGUAAUCAGGAAACAUUUCAACGAAUGUUAUUAUUUGCUGCCCGAAUUGGUGAUACAAAAGCAUUAUAUUUAUUAUUUAAUUUAAUUAAUAAUAAAUUAAUACCAAAAGAAAAAUUAUUAAUGUUAACCGCAUUAUGUAAACAAGGUUAUUCAUCAUUAAAAUUUUUAAUAUUUAAAAAUUUUGAUAUAAAUCUACGUGAUAAUCGAAAACGUAAUGCACUGUUUUAUGCAAUUAUCGGUAGAAAUCAUCAAACAAUAGAAUUAUUAAUAAAUUCUGGUAUACAAUUUGUAAAUGAUGAUCAUUGUCGUAAUGUAUUUCAUUUAUUGGCACAAUAUGGUGAUUUAGAAACAUUUCAAUUACUUUGUAAUUUAUCCAGAACGAAUAAAUAUUUGAAUCAUUUAUUAAUGGCAAAAGAUUGUAAUGGUUAUACACCAUUAGAAAUUGCUUGUUUUGAACAACAUCAAAAUAUAUUGGAAUAUUAUUUGAAUAAUUUUAAUCAAUCAUCAUAUCGAUCAUUAAUGUUUUUUGCUGGAUUCUGUCACAAUGUUGAAUUUAUUCAAUAUAUUUUACGUAAAUAUGGAACAAAUGUUUUGAUCGAUUCACGUGGUCCAUUCAAUAGAACAAUGUUACAUUAUUGUUGUAUGUCAUACAUACCGAUUGAAGAUUAUUCAAUACUCAAAUUAUUAUUAGAAUUAAAAAUGUAUAUAAAUCAACCGGAUGAAAAAGGUUUAACACCAUUAUUAUAUGCUGCUUAUUCGGGAAAUUAUUCAAUUGUAAAUUAUUUGUUACGAAAUCAUUCUACCGAUAUAAAUCUAUUGGCUGUUGAUAAUCAAAUGAAUAAUAUUCUUCAUCUGGCUUGUUUAUCAUGUUCCAAAUUAACCAUAUUAUCAAUUAUUGAUUAUGCUAAACAAAAUGGUUUAAUUGAAAAUUUAAUUAAUGGUAAAAAUCAUUAUCAACAAAUACCAUUACAUUUAGCUGCAAAAAAAUUAAUGCCAACAAUAAUUAAAGAAUUAUUGUAUUGUGGUUCAUCAUGGGAUUGUUAUGAUCAAUUCGGAUAUUCACCAAGUCUUUAUUGUACACCAACACGUUUAUCGGCAUUUUGUUUGGCUACAAUUGAAACAUUUAUGUUACCAAUUAAUGAUACAUCAACAUCAACGGCCAUUGAUGAUUCAUUACAAAUAAAUGAUGAACAAAAUGAUAUUUCGAACAAUAAUAAUACUAUCAACGAUUCUUCAGUUAUAAUUAAUAAUAAUAAUAAUACAAUUAUAAAUAAUGAUGAUAAUUUAAAUAAAAAUAGAUUAUCAUCAUCAUCAACAAUCAAUCAACGACAACGACAAUCAUUACCACCAACAAUGGAACGUAUAAAAAGUUAUGAACAAUUAAUCUGUGAUAAAAUGUCAAGAUUAUCAUUGAACAAACAGCCAAUUACCAUUCGAUCAUCAUCAUUAUCUGCUCAAAAUCAACAUUCCAUUAAUAAUAAUCAUUCAAUUGCCGAUGAUGAUUCCGAUACCUAUUGAUAAAAAGAAAAAUUAUCAUUCGAAUUACAAACACAAAAAAAAAAAUUACUUGCCUUAUUAUACUUGUUGUUGAUUGAGAUUUAUAAAAAAAAGA